CGGACCAUUCUUCGUCGUCGAACAAAAACGCGGAAACAAAAGAAAACCAGUUUGUCAAAACAAAUAACACCGAGUCAGUAUAAAGUGAGCGUAGCUGUAGCUGACAGCUGUCAAAGUUAACACCGUAGCUUCGUUAAAGCUAUCUAAAAGGCUUGGCAUGGCUCUGAAAAGAAUAAAGAAGGAGUUACAAGACUUGGAGAAGGACCCUCCAGCUUCAUGCUCAGCUGGGCCUGUUGGAGAUGACCUGUUUCACUGGCAAGCUACCAUCACGGGACCGAAUGACAGCCCAUAUAGUGGAGGAGUAUUCUUCCUGUCGGUCCAUUUUCCCACCGACUACCCCUUUAAACCACCAAAGGUUGCCUUUACAACGAAAAUCUAUCACCCAAACAUCAACAGCAAUGGUAGCAUCUGCCUUGACAUCUUGAGGUCGCAGUGGUCACCUGCUCUUACAGUAUCAAAAGUUUUAUUAUCCAUAUGCUCCUUGCUAUGUGACCCAAAUCCAGAUGAUCCGCUAGUCCCAGACAUUGCACACCUCUACAAAUCAGACAGACAAAAGUACAACAGAGUAGCCAGAGAUUGGACUCAAAGGCACGCAAUGUGAGGGACUGGAAGUUUCUACAUUAAUGACGCAUCCCUGAACACCUCAAAAUAUGACAGUACUGUUCCAACUGCUCAUCCACACUGGUUCUAGUUGAGGGGUUUUAUUCGCUUGAAGCACUUUCUCUACUUGGACUUUACUUGACUUACCUGUUUUUACUGUUUAUUUUAUUUUCCCCUUAAAUUUGCGUCAUUAUUAUUAUUUUUAUUAUUAUUAUUCUUGGGUGUGGUGAGAUGGCCGGAUUAUACUUUUCUUUUAAGAGAUUUAUAUUGUACAAGAUCAUACUGGGUUUAUUUUUGAUUUUUUUUGCAUUAAAGACAUUAAUCAAUAA